ACUGUAUUUCAGCUUCCACUUUCUCUCAUGUGCUUCAUACGCUCGUCAAAAGUAAAGGAUUUCUCACUUGCGAUUAGCAAUUAGGGAUAUAGACGAUGCGGAAUUUUGCUUCAGUGUGUAUUAGCACAAAGGUGUGUUUCUCGUGAGCUACAGGUGCCAUACUGCACGAUCUGUAUGGUCUGCAAUUUUUUGGAACUUCGGAGUUGAUCGUAAGUGUUAUUUCACUGCACGGCGAUUACCCUCAAGGACCAUGGCCGAAUUCCUCGUCGGACAGACGGACCUAGUGAGUCCAAACACGUAACUCGUAUGAGAGAGUUCCUUACGAGUUGAUAAUGUUGAGUUACAGAAGUCUUUCAGUACCUCUGCGGACUCCAUGUGCACGGGAUGUAGACGUUGCGUCGGUCGAUAAAGGUCCAGAGACUUACGUGAAAUAUCAACAGAAGUCACCAAUCCACGACUCGAGAACUCACAAGUUUGCAUCAUCUCUAUACCUCAUCGCUGAUCAGAUAUCUCCCGUGUCCUACACCGACACUGCUGCAGCAAAGCCUUUGGAUCCUGGAAUACAGUACGUGUUUAUAUCUCCAAUAAUUUCUUAUAAACCUGGAGCAAUUUCCACCGCCAAAUCAGUGGAGAUAUAACAGUAUGUCAAUGAAGGUCAGUCAUCUCACACAACAUAUGCUACCAUAUGAGUAUUCAUGAGCAGUUUAAAGAACCAGGCUCAGGUGUACCUUAGCUGAUCCAAUUGAUUUUCUGGAUUUUAAAGUCCAAGGUUUCCCUCAGUUUCAAUUAGACGUGUUCAUCCCUGUAGAUCCGUUCAGGCAAUAAAACUAUGAAAAUGAAAUCUUCAAAGUACGCACCUUACAGCCAAUGGAGGAAAUAAGGUGCUAGCUGAGUCACAACUGGUGGAGAAGAACGCUACCGAUGGACAGGCUCUUCUCUUUCCAGAUACGAGUCUUCAUUGUGCUUUGGAUAUCUUUCAAAUGCUCCGGUGAGGAUAUUUUCUGUAAUAAAAUCUAUGGAAGGUGAUCGACCUCAGC